AUGUGUGGGAUACCUCUAUACGUCAUUUCCCCCGCCCACCCGCUCCCUCUUGUUUCCUCCCAUCCGUCUUGUUUCCUUGCAAAUCUCGCAUUCAGCUUUGUCUGCUUCACCAACACGUUUCAGGGAAAGCAGUUUGAGGGCUAUUACAUGCCACCCCUUCUCCCUCUCUUUGUGUCCUGCUCCUUGCGCCUCUCCUUGCGCCUCUCCUUGCGCCUCUCCUUGCGCCUCUCCUUGCGCCUCUCCUUGCCUCUAUCCUUGCGCCUCUCCUUGCGCCUCUCCUUGCGCCUCUCCUUGCGCCUCUCCUUGCGCCUCUCCUUGUGCCUCUCCUUGUGCCUCUCCUUGCGCCUCUCCUUGCCCUUCUCCUUGCGCCUCUCCUUGCGCCUCUCCUUGCGCCUCUCCUUGCGCCUCUCCUUGUGCCUCUCCUUGCGCCUCUCCUUGCGCCUCUCCUUGCGCCUCUCUUUGCCCCUCUCCUCGUCCCUCUCCGCCUGUCCCCUCAUCCUCAUCCCUCCCCUCUUCCCCCCCCUCAGCUUUGACGGCUUCACCAACACGUUUCAGGACAAGUUGUUUGAGGGCUAUGACAUGCCCGCAGCCAACCAGGUGCUCUUCAUCACGCCCUGCUCCUCCGUCAUCAGCCUGCUGGGUGAGUCGCACUGCCUUAACCAGACGCCCUGGCCUGCGCCAGGACCUAUCAGCGGCCAUCGCAUUCAUCAUGCGCCAUCCCGACUGUGCCGCUCCAUCACCAUGUUGCCUUGCCAUACGUUUUGUGUUCCUGCCCGGUCCCCACCUUCCCGCCUGCCCCCACCAGGCCUGCGCCAGGACCUAUCAGCAGCUAUCGCAUUCAUCGUGUGCCAUCCCGACUGUGCCCUCCACAUCGCAGUGCUCUCUGUGGUACGCCUUACCUUGCUUCUCUACGAUCAGUGCUUCUGUGGAAUGGUGACCACCAUAAGCCAGUUCUUCAUCUCCUACACCAUCAAGACAGCAACCGUUUCACCCUUUCUCUCCCUGCCUCCCCCUGCCGCCUGCGCCCACAAGGCGGCCACAAGGCGGCCACAAUCAGCCAGGUCUUCAUUCAUCUCCCACACUCCAUCAGCACAGCAGCCGUGCCUCCCUUCCUCCUUACCAACUGUUUCCCCGUUCCCCCAUUUCCCCCGUCCAGCUGUUCCCCCCUUCCUCCUCCCAUCUCCCCCACCAGGCGGCCACCAUAAGCCAGUUCUUCAUCUCCCACACACUCCAUCAGCACAGCAGCCAUUCCUCCCUUCCCCCUUACCACAUGCGGCCACCAUAAGCCAGUUCUUCAACUCCUACACCAUCAAGACAUUUGGUGCUCUCACCUUCACCACCAUCAUGACCACGCGCCAAGUGACCAUCAAGGCGUUUGGUGCUCUCACUUUUGCCACUAUCAUGACCACACGCCAGGCAAUGAACAUGUGCUUCCGUUUUCAUCGCAAUUAUCCGCAUGUCAAGGCUUGCACAGAGUGA